AUGCUCACGCUCGCGAUACUCCUCGGCGUCAUCAUCGACGGCGUCGGCACAAUCGACGAGGGCGGCGCCCCAACGGACACGGGCGAAGCCAUCUCGGACCCGUAUAACUCGUACCGCCCCUGCGUCGUCUCCUCCUCGGACCCCGGCGUCUGCAUCUCCCUCGGGUCCCCUUCGCGUCCUUCCUCCGGCACGGAACCUCUCUUCUCACCCCCAGAGUCCCCAAUCUCUACGGGCGCGACAACGUCAUUGGGCGAAUGCGCUUGGAGCGGCACGCCCCGUCCUCGACCAGGCGUCCCCGCCCUUCCCCCUCCGGCUCCGGCUCCGGCUCCCGAACCACUACCCGGAGACAACCCGGUCUCGUCUGUCUCGGUAUACGGCCCCGCAACGGCAUCCGGACCAAAGCCUCUCGCUCCCGACGCCAGAGACCCCUCCUCUUCCUGCUCCCGUUCCUCUGCUCCGCCCGCCGCCGCCGCUACGCUCAGACAUCGUCGCCGUCUCGGUAACGGUCCCCCUCCGCCGUCUCCUCACAAAACAAAACCACGCGAGCGCGCCGGCGAGAGCACACCCCACAACAGCAACGCCAACCCCGAUACCCGCCUUCGCUCCAGCCGACAACCCUCCCCCUCCGCUGCCGCCUUCGGGGACGGUGGUAUACCCCACAUCCCCCGUCGCCGUCGGGUUCCCCGCCGCGCACCCGGCCGUCCCGCUGACGACGGUGCAGUGCAUGAGGUUAUCGCAGCACCCCGCCGCCGUGUCGUCGCACGCGUGCUGCGUGGUGGCCGUACACUGCGGGUCAGCGGGCUUCAGUCCCCCCGUGGCAGAUGA